ACUACAUCGCCAAUUUGACCGUGUUUGCCUGAAAGAUAAGUAGCUGCGCAUUAAUUCCCUACAGCAGCAAUAAGAAAGUAACCUUCGUAAAUGCUCACAUUAUUUAGGUAUACGUAUUAGGUACACCCUGUACAGCCCGACAUGGGUCAUCUGCUAUAUAAGGAUGUCACCUCCCGACAAUUUCUUUCCCUUUUUAUCAUCUUCAACUUUGAAGCCUCGGGCAGGUAAGGUAGGCCAUUUUUCACAUCUCUCUUCAUCCUCUUUUUUCCCACCAUAAUCAUUUCGACUAUCAAAACCAAAAUCCCUGCAUCACGACCAUCGCCGUAUUAAAAAUCGUGUCAAUUAAUCCGAUUUUAAUCCAACGAAUAACAACAACAACACGGAUACUUUUGCGACAAUAAAAAGACGAUUCUUCGAUCGGAAAUUUAAGAAGGAAAAAAAAAAAAAAAUCAUAGGCAAUUAAAUACGACGAAAUUCAUUCAAAAUGUUCAGCCGACGAUUCGAGCAACCUUCUAACAAGAGCUUUUCGAAGUCUUCAAAGGCCAACAAAUCUAGUUCAUCAUUCAGCAAAACUCAUGGUGUUUCCAAGAGCCGACAUGAACCUCGUCAACAUCGUCGCCCCGCAACUGCGACAGCUUCAAAUAUCGCAAAUGAGACUGCCUUAUCACCAUCUGGCUCCUUAACUCCAUCCAUCGUCACUUUGGUCAUCGGAAAAGACCAACGCAUCUUCGCUGCCCAUGAAGACGUACUCUGCGCUUCGCCUUGGUUUCAAGAGACACUAUCCGCCCAAUACAUGGACCCACAGAACUCCAAGCGUAUCCAUCUUCCCCAUGAGGAGCCUGAGAUCUUCUCAUCUAUCCUAGAAUAUCUGUAUAAAGGCGACUAUUACCCUCGCUUGGUCCACAAUAAGCGUCGCAACUCUUGGGAGAUUGAACAGAUCGAAGAAGAUGGACAGAACUUGGCUGAGUCUACCGUCUACCAUCAUAGUGUUGAUGGUGAUGUCUUGAAGGAUACUGUCAUCUAUUGCACUGCCGACAAAUAUGGUCUUGAAGAACUCAAGCGUGUUGCUCUGCGCAAACAAGGACUUCAGUCCGGAAUUCAGUGUAGCACUAUCCUUGCAUCGGCCCGCUAUGCCUAUGCUAACACGCCCGACACCGACUCCAAGUUACGAGCACAUUAUCUCGCUCUCAUCAUUCGAAGCCGUAACACAUUCAAGCGGAGCGGCACGAUGCAGUUGGAGAUGCGUGCUGGUGGCACACAACUCUUCUUCGAUCUGUUUGUCGCUCUUUGUAACCAUGUCGAUGACAUUUCGAGCGCUCAAAACACUCCUCGAAGCAACCGUCACUUCUUCUAAGUACAUCAUCUCAUCCAUCCUAACGCUUACGCUUGUUUCUCAUCAUGCCCUCACCGUACCCGGAUCAUAUUCCGAAACCUAAUGAUCAACGUUUUCAUCUUAAAUCAUCUUAUUU